AUGCCGGCUGCCAUUGCUGCCUAUGCUGGUCUCAAGGAGGUCUCCAAGCACGCCGAGACGGCCAAGGAGUGGGUCGACUGGCUCAACGAGAUGAGCGAGACGCCCGAGGAGAUCCAGGAGCUGUCUGCACAGGCCGCCACCGCGAGGGACACCAUCAACCAGGUGCAGCUGACGCUCAAGGCUCGGCCGGACCUCGUUGAGGGCGAACAGGGGGAGAAGCUCAAGGGGCAGAUCGAAGCGUCCAUCAAGAGUACGGACAAGGCCUUGGAAAAGAUGACGAAGCUGCUGUCGGAAAUCAGCAGCGAGGGAACGUCGGCCUCGGGCCAGACGGCAAUCAACCAGAUGCAAAGCUUCUGGAGGUCGUAUCGGUACAAGAACGACUUUGAGCAGCAGGUGAAAAAGGCCCAAGAGGAUGUGCAAAAGGAGUUGUCAGCGCUCAGCACUCUGAUGGUCAACAUCUACUCGUACACGAGCACUGAUGAAGCCGCCUCCUCCUGGGGCCAGCGCGAUACCCCCCCAGCUCCCACGCCAGCUGCUCCCAGCCCAGAACCUGCGGCCAAGGCCAACGCAGCUCCCGUUGCCCAGCCUCCCGCUGCAGCCACCCCAGCUCCGGCUGCCACGACAGCUGCUACAACAGCUGCCCAGACCGCACCAGCUCCUUCACCCGCUCCUACGCCCGUUAAUACGACACAUCCUUCUGCAGUGCCCGCCGCUGGGGUGAGACCAAGCGUAGAUACCAACGCACCAGCCGUGCCCAAGAUAUCCGAACCCGUGCCAGCAUCACCACAAGCAUCACAGCCCGUGCCAGCUGGCAGUAGGACUGAGACGUCAGCCAAUGCAGCUUCCCAUCCGUCCCAGUCUCCUCUGCCUGGAGUAAAUGAAAAACCCGCCGCCACUUCAUCUCCGACGCAGCAGGCACCCGUGGCCGCGCCCUCUCCCACCACCCAACCACCAGUCUCGUCCCCCUUGGCCAAGGCAGACACGGCUGCUGCUGCCGCCCAGGUUUCAUCAUCUGCCGAUCCCAGACGACCAUCUCAGUCACAAAGCCCGCGGCAGCAGUCUCAAAGCCCUCACGCGCAGCAGUCCUCGUCGCACCGUGACAGCAUCCACUCCAACCAUUCCGCCCAUGACGCGGACGACAGGCUGCUGGAUGCCGCCUGGGACGGAGAUUUCGACGCCACGGUGCAGGCUCUGCGUCACGCCUCCCCACGCACCUGCGACGAGCAGGGCCUGACCGCGCUGCACCUAGCCGCCGACCGCGACAACUUGGCUGUCGCCAUGCUGCUGCUCGACCGGGGUGCCGACGUAAACGCAAGGUCAAACGGCGGACGGACCCCUCUGCACCUCGCAGCGCGGUCUGCCACAGCGUCCACGGUCGAGAUGCUGCUGGAGAGGGGUCGGGCAGACCCCAACGUGCAGACGGCCAAGGGCCGCACGCCGCUGCACUACGCGGCCAGCAAGGCAGAGGACGGCGACCAGGAGAGGAGGGACGUCCUCAGGGUGCUACGGAACUGGAACGCGGACCCAACGAUCAAGGAUGCGGAGGGCGCGACGGCGAGGGACGUCGCAGACAAGAGGAAACACUCUGAUGCUGUGGGCAUCCUGCGAAGGGCCGAGCGGAAGUGGGAGGAGGACCACAUGCCCGAGUGGGAGGAGAAGCACAGGCCCGGGUGGAGGGAGCGGCACGGCUUCAAGAAAUGA